CCGUAAUUUAGUGGAGAAAGUUUGUAAUCCACAAUGAUCUGUGGAUGGAGAAGAUACGUCUGUUAAUCUAAUUGCAGCGUUUCCAAAAAAGGUUGGAAGAAGGUUAACGGCCAGCCAGGAUGUUUAAGGCAUUGGACAAAGUCAAUUAUGACAACCUUGUCCUGAACCAGAACACUGUCAAGGUCAAGGAAGCCCUCAAGCCAAAUAAUCUUGUGAACUUGAGCUGUUUUGCCUUGAACAAGAUCCCUAGCAAUGCGGAACGAGCGAUCAAGACUAUACCAGCACAUUUAGCUCCUUGUGUAUUGAGAGCAGCCAUAGCGAAGAAAGAAUCGGAGACAGCCAGUGCUAUCCUGUCUAACUGGCCGCUGAAAGACUUGUGUUUUAAAGAGAUCCUUGGUUCCGACCAUGCAGAUAUUUUCCAGGAAGGAAUGGGUUUUCACUUUGAUCUAGUGGUGUUCCGAGGGAUCAGAAACCGGACCAAGUUUUGUAAAAUCACUACAGUGGACUUCAGAGGGUUCAAACUGAACCCAACCUUCUGUCAGCUUGUGAUCCAGAUGUGGCCCCUUAUGUCUCUGAAAAAGUCUCAAGUGAAACCAAAAUAUUUAGCAAAAGUCAUAGCUAAAACGGCCGGUGUAGCAGCCAGUCAGCUGACAGAGGAGGUGUUGCCUAGGUUACUGUUUGAUAGAACGAUAGAACCGAGAUACAGAAUCCACAUUCCCCGAGGAGAGCGUAUGGUUGUUAAACUAGACAGCAUCCAAUUCACCAACAGUAACACUUUAUUCCUUGACUACCUCAUCUGUAACUGCUUACGGAGUAUAACACCUGUCUACGUGUCGGUGUCUAAUAUAUAUAUCAGAUCUGACCCCUCCAUCGGAGACGAGAUCACAGAGUCACUAGCACCGUUCAUCGUAUUACGAGGACAAGAUAUGGAGUACCUGGAGGGUAUCUCCCUGAAGCAAUUGGAGGAUGGUAUAUUUUUCAUGGUGUGUUCAGACAUUCAGAAAUUCUCUCACCUGCGUGCCCUUGACCUUCAAGAUUGUAACAUUUACCUGCAAGAAGGUCGCACACGCAGCCGGACCUCGGGUCGUCUGCAGAUGGUCAGUACCCUGGGGUCCUUUGCACACCUCACUCGACUUGAUCUUGGCUUUAACUACUUACUCGGAUGCCUUGGGGAACUUCUGGACGCUCUCAAAACCCCUCUGGAGUACCUCAGUGUGCGAGGGUGUGAUUUGAAUGAAGACGAUUUGGCAGCAUUAGCAGAGUCUAACCAUGCUAAACAUCUGAGAGAGUUAAACUUAAGUAAAGUGUGUCAAUUCUCCAUUUAUGAAAACGAUCGUAUCUCCCCUGUGUAUCUGCUGAGAAUUACAAAACAUUUCCCCAAUGUGAACAUCUUUAACCUUACGCAGAAUCAUUUACCCGAUGCGUGUAUCUCCGAAUUUUGUACCAUAUUAACACAAAAUUUGACCAAGCUGAAAGCGCUAGACAUUUCGGGCAAUAUCCUGACCGAGAACAACCUGUUAGACAUCACACGUUCUGUGGGAAAACUCAAAUCCAUGCAGUGGUUUAGGUUCACAUGUGCCAGCAAUUUGCUUGAAGAGCCCUUCAUUCCUUUUGACAAUUCUGGGGAAAUGAAGAAAAAAUUCUGUGAUACUCUGGCUUCUCUUGGGCGCGAUGACAUCAAGGUGGACCUUGUCAAGCUGUCUUACGCGAUAUUUGUUGAUUUGUUGGAUGUUAUGGACUAGACUUAUGUGACGAUACCUGUACCAACUGCUAAACUAGGCUCUUUAAAUGGUACAAAAUACAGGUACAGUUGGUAAACAAGGCUUACUCGGUGUAAUUUAAUACAAGUAGUCUCACUCCCCUGUCAGACAAUACCUGUUCAGCUUGUCAAUAUAGUGUCACCCUAUACCAGACGAUACUUAUAUUUAUGUUCUAGUUCGCUCCGCUCAAACGAAAAUAAAUUAUUUUUCAUAUAAACUCAAACUCAUUACUGGGAGUUUGUCUGCCUAGCUCUACGAAGACUUACAGACUCAGUGAGCUGGUCUCUUCUGUGUCAGAAAAUGUACCUGUACCACUUGUUGAUCUAGCUAUAGUCUGUGUUAGAUGAUACUAGUACAACUAGUGAGCUGGUCUAUUUUGCAUCAAUUUUUGUACAUUGUACCUAUACAGCUUGUCGAUUUAGUCUCGCUCUGUGCCAGACCAUACUUGCAUACCUUCAUGAGCUGGUCUAUUCUGCGUCAGACUACGUACCUGUACAACUUGUUGAUGUAGUCUUUCUCUGUGCCAGACACCAAUACUUGUACAAAUCAUGAACUUGAGUGUGUCUAUUCUGCGUCAGACUAUGUACAUUGUACCUAUACAGCUUGUCUAUCUAGUCUCACUCUGGGCCAGACCAUACUUGCAUACCAGACUAUGUACAUGUAUCACUUGUCGAAGUUGUCCAUCUCUGUGCCAGACGCCCAUACUUGUACAAAUCAUGAGCUUGUCUAUUCUGCAUCAGACUAGGUACAUGCAAAACUUGUCGAUCUAGUCUCACUCUGGGCCAGACGAUACUUGUAGGACUAUUCUGAUGUCCAACUUAACGUGCAGUUUUUAGGUCACCUAAGGGAUUUCAUUGAUACUCCAUUGGAAUGUUACUGACAACUCCCUGACCAAGUGUUGUU